AUGGACACAUCUAUCCACGAGCAAAAAGCCACGGAGUUGGAAACGCGGAAUGUGGUGGAUUCAGGUGCCCAGCUAAUGAGGGACCUGAGAGAUGUCAUUGCCACUCUUAUUCAUCAACUCGCUGAAAUCCAACGCGAGGAAGACAGUGACCGUGUGCUUCGAUGGACAAGAGCUCGCCCGGGCGGGUAG